AUGGUGUUAUUGUCGAGGAAUCUGAACUUGUUUCAGAUGCGUAGCGCACUUUCUAACCCUACAAGGAUCUUACGACAUCAGGAAGCCUUGGUGGCAUCUUCGAAGCUUAGAAAAUUUGCUUAUACUCAUAGGGCAUUCCAUCUAUCUUACAGAAAAAUGUCAGAAUACGAGGAUGAAAAAGUCGUAAUCGAUGAGAUCAACAAGAAACUAACCCCUGAGGAUAUCAACCACGCAAGGAAGUUAAGAAAUAUUGGUAUAUCUGCACAUAUUGACUCAGGAAAGACUACUUUUACUGAGCGUGUCUUAUACUAUACAGGUAAAAUUAAGGCGAUUCAUGAGGUUAGAGGUCGUGACAAUGUGGGUGCUAAGAUGGACUCUAUGGAUUUAGAGAGAGAAAAAGGUAUUACCAUCCAAUCUGCAGCCACUUACUGUUCCUGGGAUAAAGAUAACGAGAAUUAUCAGUUCAACCUGAUUGAUACACCAGGGCAUAUUGACUUCACCAUCGAAGUUGAGCGUGCUUUGCGAGUCUUGGAUGGUGCUGUGUUAGUCGUUUGCGCAGUCUCUGGGGUUCAAUCUCAGACUGUUACUGUGGAUAAUCAAAUGCGUAGAUAUAAUGUCCCAAGAGUUACAUUCAUUAAUAAAAUGGAUCGUAUGGGUGCUGAUCCAUUCCGCGCUAUUGAACAGUUGAACUUGAAGUUAAAGAUUCCUGCCGCCGCUGUUCAAAUCCCUAUAGGUAGUGAGAACGAGUUGAAAGGUAUUGUAGAUUUAAUUAAUAACGAAGCUGUGUUCAGUGAGGGUGACAAUGGUGAAAUUUUAAGAAAAGCCCCAAUUCCUGCUGAUUUAGCUGAGUUGGCUGCUGAAAAGAGAAAAUUGCUAAUUGAAACCUUGGCUGAUGUCGAUGAUGAAAUGACAGAGAUUUUCCUAGAAGAGAAAGAACCAACUGUCGACGAGAUUAAAAGUGCCAUUCGUAGAGCUACUAUUGCCAGAAAAUUCUCCCCUGUAUUAAUGGGUUCUGCUUUGGCCAAUACCGGUAUUCAACCUGUCUUGGACGCUAUUGUCGAUUAUUUACCAAACCCUUCCGAAGUGUUAAACACAGCUCUAGAUAUUGCACAUGAGGAGAAGAAAAUAGAUUUAAUUCCAUCAACACAGGAACCAUUUGUUGGUUUGGCCUUCAAAUUAGAAGAAGGUAAAUAUGGUCAACUAACCUAUAUCCGUGUUUAUCAAGGUCGUCUAAGAAAGGGUUCUUUCAUCACCAAUAUUCAAAAUGGUAAAAAGGUUAAGGUAUCAAGAUUAGUAAGAAUGCAUUCGGAAGAAAUGGAAGACGUUGAUGAAGUCGGUUCUGGUGAAAUAUGUGCCACUUUUGGUAUUGACUGUGCAUCUGGUAAUACAUUUACAGAUGGUACUGUCCAAUAUUCUAUGUCCUCCAUGUUUGUUCCAGAUUCUGUUGUUUCUUUAUCUAUACAUCCUAAAGGUAAGGACUCUACCAAUUUUUCCAAGGCUUUGAAUCGUUUCCAAAAAGAAGAUCCUACAUUCAAAGUUAAGUUUGAUUCAGAAUCCAAGGAGACUAUUAUCUCUGGUAUGGGUGAAUUACAUUUAGAGAUUUACGUUGAAAGAAUGAAGCGUGAAUACAACGUUGAGUGUAUAACAGGUAAACCUCAAGUAUCCUACAGAGAAUCAAUCUUAUCUUCUGCUGACUUCGACUACACUCACAAGAAACAAUCUGGUGGUGCUGGUCAAUUUGCUAGAGUUAUGGGUAACCUGACUCCAGUGGAAGGUGAUAAGAAGUCCAAUAUUUUCGAAACUGCCAUUGUUGGUGGUGCCAUUCCAGAAAAGUUUUUGGCAGCAUGUAAUAAAGGUUUCGAUGAGGCCUGUGAAAAAGGUCCUUUAAUUGGUCAUAAGGUAUUGAACGUGAAAAUGUUGAUAAACGAUGGUGCUAUCCAUUCUGUGGAUUCUAAUGAAUUGGCUUUCAAGACUGCUACAAUUACUGCCUUCCGUAACGCUUUCUUAAACUCUCAACCUGUCAUCCUGGAACCUAUCAUGAAUGUUUCCGUGACCUCACCAAAUGAAUUCCAAGGGAAUGUCAUUAGUUUGUUAAACAAAUUACAAGCUGUUAUCCAAGAUACUGAAAACAACCACGAUGAGUUUACGUUGAAGGCUGAGUGUCCAUUGAGUUCCAUGUUUGGAUUUGUUACCUCUUUAAGAGCAUCCACUCAAGGUAAAGGUGAAUUCUCAUUGGAGUUUAGUCACUAUGCCCCAACACUUCCAAAUGUACAGAAGGAACUUAUUGCGGAACACAAAAAACAACAAACCAACAAGAAUUAA